CCCUUAAACAUGGCUUUCAUGCAGUGUGUGUGUGUGUGUGUGUGUGGGGUUUGAGUCUGGCAUGGUGCCACUGCCACAGAUGAGCUGAGUUCACUGUUCAAACACUGAUUUUCAUUUUUCCCUGUGUGACAUUUCCCCAGUCUGCCAGACAGCUAAGAAGAGAAACGCCAGCAGAGAUUCAUGAAGAGACGUUCAGGUGCAUUUACACAGACACACCAACAUUUCCCUGACACAAACAUUCCUGUUGCUGGUGUUUCUGAAUCUGACAUUUCAUACAUAUGACAAACAAACAUUUUCAAAACCAUUACUGAUAGCAAAUUCAAGCUGAUCAAACAAUACUGAAAUUGCAUCGAGGGAAAAUGCACACCUGCAGUAGCAUACUUUCACACUGACACUCUUUACUCACAUUACUCUAAAGGGCUGAGCUAAAUACCACGGCAACCAGGCCCCUCCCCUGGGUGUGUGGGGAGUUUUUAAGUGGAGUGUUGGGAAUGUUGUUUUUAGAGAGGCGCAGAAGGCAGGAGAGUGUCUGUGAGAGUCAAUCUAACCCUGUCAUUCAAAACCACCAGUGUUGACUCCAGGAUGGGUGAAGACUCCUCUCACGCAGAGCGAAGCACAGCUACCUUACCCAGGGAGGAAAGCACCCCGACACCACCAGUUCCAGAUGCUCAGGAUGCUCAGGAUCUCCUCAUUCCGAGCUUCAGUCCCGGCUCGGUGCCCUCUUCCCCCAUCCAUACCCUUUCCCGUCUGGGCUCUAAGUCCCCGACCAUCCCCACAGCCCCUGCCGGCCAGGUCAGCGCCAUCACGGUGGUGGCUCUGCUCGACAAGCUGAUGGUGAUGAUCGAGACAGUGCAGGAGAACCAGCAGAGGAUGGAGAAGAAGCAGGCCGAGCUGGAGGGGGCGGUGAGGAUGGUGCAGGGUGAUGUGACCCGGCUCACCAAGAACCACAUGUCCACAGCCAACAGCGUGGCCAAGCUGCUGGAGCGCUCGCGCAAGACUGGCCUCAAUGUGAAGGAGGUGAGGGAGCGCCUGGAUAGACAGAGCAGCCAGGUGAAGCAUCUGGAGGCCAACCAUGCCCAUCUGCUGAAGAGGAACCACUUUAAAGUGCUCAUCUUUCAGGAGGACAAUGAAAUCCCCUCCACUCUGCUUACUAAAGAUGGCCUGGCCUCCACCUCUCAGGAUGAGAUUGCUCCAUCUGCACCAACUCCGCUCACUGAUUUAAACCGUUCUCAAGAUGAAGGUCUGCAGACCAUCAGCCUCUCCUCUGAUGAGGACGAGGAAAAAGGAGCAACGAGCCUUCUAGCAGAGGGUGGCGAUGAUUCCCUGGAUUUGCAUGAAGAGAGUUUCCCAGGUUUGGGAAGCGAACGUCUGGAGCGCUCUCGUGCUGACAAGUUCAAGCGCUCCAGUCUGAAGAAGGUGGAUAGUCUAAAAAAGGCUUUCUCGAGAAGCAGCAUCGAGAAGAAGAUCAACAAGAUCGUGCCUCCAGAACAGCGCGAGAAAAUCAAGAAAAGCUUCAUCCCCAACCACCCGAAGAGCUCCUCUUCCAAGAGCUCGUCCUUCCGCGUCUCUCCAAUGACCUUCAACGUCAAGAAGGUACGAGAUGGAGAUGCUGACUCCUCCCAGCAGCCUGGGAGCUCACCCAGGAACCUCAGCCUAGUGGAAGUUCCCAACAUUGGGGGACCUGAUGGUGAGCUGCCCCUGGCUGAGAAAGCAAAUGGAAACGAUCAUCACAACCCCUCCACCCCAGGCAGUGGGGAUGGAGAGGUGUUCGUUUCAGAUGAGGGUGGAGAUCUCGAGAACGGUCCAUCUGCGACUCUGGCUGAAGAAGAAAUGGAUAAAGAAGAUGAUGACACUGAUGAUCAUGAUGAAAAUGGGAAGGAGGAAGAGGAGGAGGAGAAGGAUGCGAGACCUGCAGAAGAAGCAUCCGUGUCUCCACCGUCAGCUGCAGCUACUGUUGAGCUAACUUCUUAGAUAUAGUUGUGUUUCUAGCCCUCUGACUUCAAUCCACUUCUGAGACUUUGGGAAGCGUAGUUACUCCCUUGUGCCACUGGUAUCUUGUCCCCAAGCUUGUUUAAUGUUAGCAUAUCUGCUAAAAUAACAUAUUGUCCUGAAUUAAUCCCAAAUAUAAUGUAUCUAUAACCUAUUGUGUUAAGUUCAGAAAUUAAGCAUGUUCUUGUAGGAGGAAAUUCCAUUUAGAUUCCAUUUCAAAUAGAUUCUGUAUAAAGGCCCAGAGAAUGGUACAGCAGUUCAGACCACUGUCACCACAAUGAUACACCGAAAUAGCUAUAUUUUCCUGUGGGAGCCUGUGAAUACCAUGAAAUUGACUGAACUGAAAUGCCUGAACUCUCCCUCUCUAUCGUUUUUUCUUUGUGUGUAGGAGAGGCAAUGUGUGUGCCAAUCUGUCCUUUGUUAUGCUGGAGUCCAGACUCUUUUCUGUCAAUGUACAUAAGAUUAAGUAUUAAAUCACUUACAAAAAAGGUAGUAUUAUGGUUUUUGGAAGCAGUACUUAAUUUUUCACUCAAAGGACUUUGAUGCAAAUACCAUGGUAUUGUUUGGAGUACCAUGUAGAAACAAUUGUAUGUUAAUAUGGUAACCAUGAAAUAUAUAGUAACAACAUGGAACAUCAUUACUGUAACAUUGUACCACCAAAGUACUUUUGUACGGUAUAAAACAGACAACUACAAAAGACAAGACGUUAUAUGUUGACAAAGUUAUGUUUUUGACAUUUUUAGAAUGUUUAUUAAAAUAUUUA